AUGCUUGUAUCCCUAGGCAGCGCAAUGCUUGUUUCCCUAGGCAGCGCAGGUUACGUGGGUGCUAUAACUGCUGUAAUAAAACUUAACAAAGCUAAAAGAGCUGCCUGCGCGCGUGCUGCCGCUCUGCGCCCACCCCCCGCAAGCCCGCGCCCACCACCCCCCGCCGGCCUCCCCCUAGGCGCUCUAGUAGAGAGUGCUAUAAUUCCGCCUCUAGCAGUUCACGCUGUUAACGCUGUUCCUCUAGGCACAGUUGCCUGCCCCUUCCCCCUGUUGCUGUCAUCUAUGCGCAGCGCCUUGUUGCAGCCCAUGUUGCAGAGGACAAGCAGGCUGUGUUCUAGCUUUAGCUAG